AUGCCCCCACAAACACAACGCAAAUUCUACAAGGACUAUCCAAACGUGAUAGAGGAGGCCAAGAAGAAAUACCGACACAUAGCAGAAAAUAUACACAAGGAAAAACAUCUUGGGCUGGCCAGAGCUGAUGAGGCCACCCGAUGCGAUUGCUCAUAUGCUCCUGGAGUAGACGAGCCCUCGGUUGCUUGUGGUGCAGGAAGCGACUGCAUAAAUCGCUUUCUCUACGUAGAAUGUAACGAAGGCGAGUGUCCCUGCGGAGAUGCUUGCCAAAAUAGGCGCUUUAAGCAACGCUCAUAUGCUGAAGUGGAUCUCAUAUACACAGAAAAGAAGGGAUAUGGCGUACGCGCAAAACAAGUCAUUCCAAGGGAUGGAUUCAUCCUGGAGUACGUAGGAGAAGUGAUGUCAGACGACAUGGCAGAGAAAAGGAAAACUGCCUAUAGGCAGGAGGGACGAACACACUUUUAUUUCAUGGACUUGCAGAAAGGCGAGGUGGUUGAUGCAACCGAAUAUGGCGGGUUGGCGAGAUUUAUCAACCAUUCCUGCAAGCCAAAUGCUCGCGUAGAUAAAUGGAUUGUUGGACGCCAACUACGAUUAGGUAUUUUUGCUGAUAGGCAGAUAUUACCUGACGAAGAAGUAACUUUCGACUACAGUGCUGAGCGCUCGGGUACUACUGCACAGAGAUGCUAUUGUGGUGAAGACAAUUGUCGACUUUUCUUGGGCAAAGACGAUUCAGAACUGGUUUUAGAAGAAGAACCCCACGAAAUGAAGAAAGCUGACCGCGUGCCGUACUUUUUGGCUGUUCUCCAACUAACUCUUUCAAAAGAGCCUAAAAUCUUCCGUCGUCAAUUGCGAAGAAUGGAAAUCUGUACGGUAACCGAAGUAUGGAAAGAGUUUGUUAAUCGCAAUGGUCUAUCGAUGAUAAGAAGAUACCUCCAGCAUUUUAUCAGCGAAGGUUUUGAAAACGACGACAUUGUAAGACUGUUAAAGGUGCUGUGUAGAAUACCUGUAACAAAUAGAGCACCAGUUGUCGUUGCAAAUAUCGAACGAACGUUUGAAGACAUUGUCAAAGCCAGGAAACACCCGGAAAUUCGACGACUAAUUGCUUUACUUGAAAAGAAAUGGAAAGAUUUACCUCAAGCGCCGUUGAUCAGAAGAGCUCUUACACCUGCUACACCUGCAUCUACACCACUGUCAAAUGGCAAAAGAAGCCGAUCAAGCACUGAAGACAACGAUAAGCCUGAGGCUUCUUCAAGUGAUGAUCUAAGAAGUCCUAAACGAGGUCGAUCCUCGAGCGAAGAGCCAUUAGAACAAUUAAAGACACCCGAAUCAGAAAAGAACUGUGAGACCGACUCGAAACGUAGUCCAUCUUCUUCAAAAAAUUCCCCUAUUUAUAAAGAUGAUCGUAAUACGUCUCUUAAUUCACAUACAAACACCAGCAGACAAGAUUCAUCUUUGCUGACAGCAUCCUCAGGUGGUUAUCGUAAAAGCGGACAUGAUAUAUCUGAUUCGUAUCGUUCUCACCGUCAUCACCGCGACGCUCGUAAUCCAGAUGAUGGUCGUAGUGGAUAUUAUUCCAACUCAUCUCCUAGUCCGAGAAAAGAUUAUGACGUUCGAUCGCUUCAUGAUUCAUGGCGGCCAAAAAAGUAUUCGCCCAAGGAUGACAACGAUCGCGGUAAUUCAUCUUCAGAAGCUAAUUCUCCUAUGAAGAAAGAAACGGAUCGACCCAAAUAUGAAUCGUCCCGCGAUUUUUACGAGGGGUCUAGACAGAGCUACCCGCAGUACCGUUCACACCAUUCGAGCACGGUGGAUCGUUACAGUCGUCGUUUUGAUCCCUAUCGUCGUUCACCACCAAGGGAUUCCUGCAACGGCGACGACAAUGGUAAAAUAAGUUGGGUUAAUAAAUUCACUGGAGAACGAACGAGCCAGAAGAUCAAAGCUAUGAUUGAUACGACGUUCAAGACGCCUGAGGGUAUUCCCCAAGGAUUAGUAAAUGCUAAAAUCGAAGAGUCGCUCUAUCGUCAACGUCAAGUAGAAGAAAAAGCAGCUCGCGAGGCUGCUGAAGCGGCGGCUGCCAAGGCCGCGAAAGAAGAAGCAGAAAAAGCAGCAGCGGAGGAGAAGCGUGCCAAAGAUGCUCGUGCUGCGGCAGAGGCUAAAAGAAUCAAGUUGGCAAGAAAAGAAAAGGCGGCAAAUUACGAAGCAAUGAAAAGUAAGAACGUGAUAACGUUUGACUCUACUGAGGCGUUUAGAGAUGAAUAUAGAAAAUAUGUCACUGAGAAUGCGAAGAAAUUCGAGAACCAAUUAUCAGUGGAGCUCUAUGCUUCGCAGUGUAAGAAGUGUGCUGAUAAGGCUGUAGAGAAAGAGCUUAGAAGUAUAAAUGAAGAUGAUAAGAAAUCGAAACGUUCGACACAAGCUAAGUUUGUGCUGAAUGAUUAUUUACGCAAGAAACUAAGCAAUUUCGUCACAACAUACUUUGAAGCUCUAAUUGCAAAACAAAGCAAAGCUAAGGGUAAAGCUAAAGAGGAAUGA